AUGUCAUCCUUCCAGACAAAUGAACCUGAUCAUAGAAACUCCCUAGAAAUAGUGGAUGCUGGCAUACUGUUCACUGGGACAGAUAUAACACUAAUAUACAACCCUACAACAGGAGGUGAGUUAGUCCUGAUUUAUGGAUUUGCAGCCAAAAGGUAUCAGCAUUACUAAAAAUUUCCGUAAUCUUUUUUAGCGUUUCGCGUAGAAGGUGGAAGGAUAAAUUGCAUGACAACACAUGCCAUUCUUACUGUCGAGUCAAACAACAGGAGCCAUAGUUUCUCGAGUACUGAGCAAGGUACAAAAUAUGUAUAGUUUGUUCAUAAAGUCAUUUAACAAGCUUGAAACACUCCAACUAACAAGAAAUCCACACAGGUUUUAUGCCAGCCAGAAUACCAUCCUGACUCAAAGAGCUCUAAGAUAGUUGGCUAUUAAACAAAUCUACCUCUCAUACCGUCAAAAAUGCCAACGAUUGCAGAGUACCAGUGAUACACAGAGGCAUGGUCUUCAACUUUUCAUAAUGACAUUAUCACAGGCCAGACUAAUCUUAGGCUGAUCAAACAAUCUCUAUUCCAGCAAUCUAAAAAGACUUUAGAGCUUGGUUUUGCAAUAACUUAUUUGUCAAAUUUGUUACUCCUGCAUAGUUUUCCAGGUGCGUAGAGGAGCAAUCACUCACGUAGACACAAUCACUGAAAUAACAGCAGUGUCUAACGAAGGUUACACUUAUACCAUCACCCGUGGAAGAGACGGAGGUAAAUACACGAAAGUUUCAACUAUCGCCACCUUGAACAUUAAUACAAAGUUAGCAUUCAGAGAUGUUCGGGAAAGCUAUUGAAUAUUUUUCAUUGCAGACUACACGGCCAAAUCGUGGUGGACUUGGCUAAGCCGCCGACGUUAAGGAAAUUUUGACAAUCGAGGUAAGAAAUCGAAAGUAGAGAACUCAAUACAAAAGUCAUGAAGCUGCUUUAACAUUUAACACAUUGACAAACACUAAAAGCGAAAAGCACCCCAGUUCCACAGCUCAAAUCUUUAAUGACUUCAUUACUUUACAAUAGUUUGCCAACGGCAAUGUAAUUAAGCGCUGUUUUAUCCUGACUUCCCUUCAAAGUGCGUAACAUAACUAGCACAAGCUACUUCUUAUUCUCAUUCUGCUUAUUCUUGACAGAAAUCGACGCAAAUCAAGCAACACCUUCGCUUACGACCAGCGUUUGAACUGCUCGCUUAGACGCCAGUUAAAAUAGUUCAAGUAGUCGUUUAUACAUCAUCAUCAGUGUCGGCAAUAAAGUUACGUUUACCUCGCAACCUUGUGCUUGUAUUUGAGUAUAAAGUGAAAAACAAUAACUUAUUGAAAGAGCGAAAGCACUUUAGAAAAGAAAAAAAUGAUCAAGAUCGUUUUUCUCCUAGUUUUAACUCCGCCUACGGAAUUCCGUGAAACACUGCAUGCGUGACAAAUUAAACAAUUUCCACUUAGCUACUUUUCUGCGUUUAACAGUCAACUAGUAAGCCAAGAAUUCAGAAAGGGCAAUAAGCUCUUUCAUUUCAACUUAGCAAAGCAAUAAGCAAAAUGUCAGAUUUUACGACCGACGAACCUCCGAACCACUAUAUAGAAAUAGUGGACGUAGGCACAUGGUUCAGAUCAACGCCGGACGUCACGAUAACAUUCAUGCCUAGAUCAGGUCAGUAUCUUUUAGAGUUACACUUACUGGCCAACGAGUUUCAAAUGUGCUUACAAUUUAGUUAAUCUUGUUUAGACUGCAAAGUGAAGAAUGGCGCCGGAACGAUAAUAGGUAUAAAAAGAACCAUAACCAUCGAAACCCGGAAUGGAAGUACCUUCAGGAUCACGCGCUAUGCGAAUGGAGGUAAAUACGAAUGGACAAUAGAGUAAUGAAGGCUAUUUAUCGGAAACUUGUUGUUUUGUUACUUAAAAACACGAAGUUACGAAAAAAAAUUUGUAAUUAUUUCUGACUGCUCACUUCACACCAAGGAACGCUCAAAUAUGAGUACGAAAACAAACCCCAAAUUUCUUACUUUUAAAUACUAAAACCAGUGGAGGAGACUACUAAUCUGAAGUUUUGAUACAAAUAGCUCAACGUGCUGAACACUCUUUUAUACCCAGACGUACAAAGAAAAACACUACUAAAAGCACUACUUAAUUGUAGGUCUCACACGUUUAGACUAGCGCUGUUUAGUAAACCAAUGGACCUAAAAUUUGAGCCCCAAGAUUCAAAGCAAGUUAAAGCUGUAGUAACCGCGAAAGGGUUAGGUCUAACUUUGCGAAAUAUUACCCCGGCAGAAGUAUGAUUAGGACGUUAAACAAGCUUCUUAAAGCAUUUUCUUCCAAACCUCCUGAUUAUGCAAUCUCGUUCAACGGCGUUUAUUUAUCACCUUGAACAUCAUCAACACAGUACAAGUUACACUGUGUAUGUAUAAACCGAUGCAAUACAUUGACAGAAAUCAGUGCUGAAGAUUUUUUUGUGGCUUACAGAGUACAAGGCGAAAUCUUGGUUCACAUGGGUAAACCGCCGUCAAUAAAAGAGGUAAGCUAAAAAUACAGCAAAAACACAAGAGCAAGAAGAAGUUGUGCGGAACUGUUUUCUUUAAUCUUUAUUCCUUAUUUUCUAAACACUUUUGCGAGAUUCACAUAUUCAUCUCCCUAUAAUCGGUAUUCUAAAAACUCCGUACUUAAACAGUGCUAAUGGAGUGUUGAUCUGGAUAAAUCCAGACCUUGCCAAACACUUUGCAAACUAAAAUGACAUUCAAACAAGUAAGCAGUACCACUGAGCACAACUAGGUAACGAUGUUAACAAGUUAAAUGCGCAAUCCUUAAAUACAUUCAAGGGAUGCAAGAGACAUGUGUUCGGCGAACAUAUUGCCCUGAAACGUGACCUGAGCGCCAUUCGGCUUUGAAAGGGCUUUGCGCAAGACUUAUUUUUAACAUUCCCACGCGUCGCGUUCGAUUGGGAAAUCGAAAUUUUGAAUUUUGCAAUCGAACGCGAAAUACGAAAACAAAUUUUAACCUCCGAGAAAGACAUCCGCACCCUGAAUAAGGAUUCUACUUAAGACGAGACAUACAAUGGAGCUAACAAGCGAAUUUCCUUUUUUUCCCAGACACCAAUAUACUUCGAUGAGGGGUUUUGAUUGACAAGACCACAGCGCAAACAAGCUCAUUGAGGCAAUGCAACUGAUAAGCGUGAUUGAGUGUUAUAAAUAGAUUAGGAGUUGUUGAAAUGGGACUAUUAAAAUAUCUCUAAUUUCAACCGAGAAUGUGUUUAUAUUGUAAAUGAUUUGGACCAAGACAAGUGGUAUAUGAGUAUAGUCGUAUGUUGGUGACAGUGAUGGACGUCUCGACAACCUGUGCCGUGCGAGCGAACAGGAGCUCAAAAGAUGGUUAACUUUACCCCGGGGAAUACUCAAAUUAUGAGCAAAGUUUUCUCUGCUAAGAAUAUGUAACUUCAGCUUACAAAUAUUGUCGAGCCUUUAAUUAAAAACCAGUUUUACUAACCACAAAAUGCUACUCCAACACAACUCACAGGAAAAAAAAGUAAUCAUGAGUUAAAAGUUAGAUUGCCCAGGUAGGCGCUAACAGGCUUUCGAAUCAUCAAAGGCGAUGUUAUUGGUCGUUUUUCCUAUUAAGCCGUAACAUUAUCGGCCUUGAAAACUCGAAACGUGAGUGGUGCGCUUUUAUUGUCCUUCCCAUAAGGCACUUCGAGCAUCAGCUGUGAUUCACCUCAAAAAUAUGUGCUGGUGUCAGCGACUCGACGCAAGCGUUCCGACAUCAGUGGACAUAGAGCACGAGAAAAGAUUAACGUUCCAAAAAAUAGCUACGAAAGAAACAACAUGUCAUUCUUUCCAACGCCGAGCCCAAAUAACCAAGAGGUUGUCGAUGUCACCACAUCUUACUACACAGGUCCGGAUUUCAUAUUGACUCGUUACCCCAGACCAUAUGAAGGUAAGAUCUAAUCCCCGUUUCGUUUUAAAGACAGGAUGCGCACAAACGCUUACUUUUAAUGUUGUCCUGUUUAGGAUUUGGUGUCAACAGAGGUCGAAUACUAAGCGUCGAAACUGUAACUACUAUAAGGGUCGAAGCCAGUAAUGGAGAAAUAUUCACCAUUACCCGGGACGAAAACGGAGGUAAGCAUGUAUACUGAAAAAUGAACCAGGCGGUUGCAAGUCAAAAGUUAACAAAUAUAGAAGAGCUAGGCUAGUUUUCUGCCAAUUUUUACUCUUGGCAAUAAAAAUCAAAACCAAAGUUAAGAACGAAGCAGGUUUUUGUUCUUCCCAAAUAAAAUUUGACGAACAUACCUAUUAUUCUCAUCGAAUGAUGCCCAAUUCAUGUGAUCCGCUACGAUCCUUAAAUUAAUCCUUUUUUGGUACAAAAAUAUCAAUUCAAUUCAGAAGAUGUGUCGGCGAUAUCCAGUAGAACCUUUUACAUAAGAACUAACUUCUUACAGAAAGUGUUAACUGUAACCUUUGCGUUCGAGAUAAUUGAUGUUUUUUCCCCUUUUAGGAUAUUGGACAAACCACAGCAGAACUCGAACAAGGCGCCGCUAAAAAGGUAAAAACCUACCAUCUUUGAACUGUUUUUUUUGGUAUUGUUUUUUACUUCCUUACGUUAUGACGUUUGAAGACAUGAAUCAAAGGCAUUUAUCCGACAGAAAUUGCAAAUGUAACAAAGUCAAAUUGCUUUAUAAACAUCACUGACAUACGUUCAGAGAAAGGACUACGUACUACUGGAUAACUCUCACAGAUUAAUGCACAGGAAUUUCUCCCGAGUGGCCUUAUAUCUCAGAAUAACCUCACAAUGGUCACACUUCAGGAUUUCAUCCACCUUGCACAGCAUUAUUAUUAUUAUUAACAGUGCCACAUGAAAGUUCUUCGCAGUAGCAAUGGCUAUACUUUAGAAAAUAAUCAUUAUUAGGGAAACAUGACUUGUGUAUCUGGUUACGAUGAUGCAAGUAAUGAUCCGGGUAAUGCGGAAAGCAAUUUUGAUUAUAAUGGUGUGCAAUACACUUUCCUCAUAGAGGAAUGUUUCCAUUUCUACACAGAGAAUGCAUUAAGCUACAGAAAGGCAGGUUACGAAAUGAAAUGCCCUUAAACUUCAUUUAGAAAGAGAGGUUCCUCGUGUUUAAAAAUUUCGACCAAUUAUAAGGCUUGCGAACAAUAGCCUAGAAAAGUUUACAAAUUCACAUUUUCCUCGCAUAGAAUUUUGCUGUUACUUAGACUCAGACGAGAUUUUGUCAUGAGAAAGUUGUUUGGAAAACUGAGGCUUAAUAUACAUGCUGCUUCACGAAGUUUUCUUAAAUUUUGCUCUUAAACAUAUCAGAAGUAAAGUACAGAAAAUAGUAACUUUAGCACUUUUUUGCAUUCCGACAUGUUCCUUGCCAUUGUUACUUAUUUAUAUGGAUAAUCACUUAAAUCAUUUUAUAUGGAUAAUCACUUAAAUCAACCUAAACUUCUGUUAUUUAUAUUUGGCGAGAGAAAAACUUUCUCUUUUGUGAUCUUAUUUCAGGAUGCCCAGGAGACUCCGAAACACUGGACCUUUGUAGACAAGACUGA